GGAGGAUCCGCAGAGCUGAGCGUCGCUCUCUGCGUCACAGAUGUGAAAGUGAAAGUAAGUUGUUGGGAGAGGCGCAGAGACGGAGACACGCAGAGGAUGAACUGUCAGUGAACGCCGGUCUUCAGUGUCCUACAGGGAUUCCUGUUGAUAUAGUUGAGCGAUGCAGUCCUGUAGCUCUGCUCACUGUGUCCUGAUCUUACUGAUCUUCACAUUCACUGCUGUGUAUGUGUCAGCUGUUCCCCCAGUGAAGGUGAAGCUUAAUGAGACGGCUACUCUGCCCUGCUAUGAGAGCUGUGCUGGUGUCGUCAGAUGGACUGUAUCCCAUAAACCCAGAGAUGUUCUAGCUGAGUGUGAUCAGACUUCAUGUAGAUCAGUGAAGGAGGGAUAUCAGAUGAUCCAUGAUCAGUACCUGAAGGGGAAUCUCUCUCUCAUCAUCACUAAUGCUGACCUCAGUAAGAGCAGUACAUACACGUGUGAGUGCGGCAAAUCAGAGAUCUGUGAUGUGUACCUUCAGGUUGAGGAGAAAGGAACUGAAAACAGCAGAAACAGUGAGGGAAUGUCCCAUGUGAAGGUGAAGCUUCAUGACUCUGCUACUCUGCGCUGCUCUGAGAGAUGUUCUGGUUUAGCGAGAUGGACUGUGUUCCAUAAACCCAGAGAUGCUCUGGCUGAGUGUGAUCAGACUUCAUGUAGAUCAGUGAAGGAGGGAUAUCAGAUGAUCCAUGAUCAGUACCUGAAGGGAGAUCUCUCUCUCACCAUCACUGACACCGAUUUCAGCAAGAGAACCUCAUACACGUGUGACUGUGAUGGUAAAGAUCUCUGUGACGUGGCCCUGAAGAUUGAAACUGUGAAUACUCUAGUUCAGAUAAAGGCCGGUGAAUCUCUGGUGCUGAAUUUGGACAUAUUAGAUCCGUUGGAGGUGAUUUACGACUGCAGAGGAGCAUCUGGAACAUUCAGUGGUCAGAUCUGUACAGUGGAUGGACAAUCACUAGAGUGUAAACCUGAAUAUAAACACAGAAUGUCUAAACUAACAUCUGAUCUAGAGCUGAGAGAAAUGAAGCCGUCUGAUAGUGGAGUUUACACUAUUCGGGACAUCAAGACUAAAGAGGACAUUCACGUCUAUUCAGUGAUUGUCCAAGAUAAACCACAGCCUCCAUGGUGGUCAAUUGUAUUGAUAACUGCCUUUGUGAUCCUGGUAUUGGUGGCACUUUCGCUUUAUCUGAUGAAGUACAGUCAGACAUGCAGAAGAAGGAUUCAACGUUUCUAUAGGUUUCUGUUCCUGCUCUUCAUUGAGAUGUAUGAUAUCAAACUCUACUCGCUUAAUCUGAAUGGAGCCAGAGAUGCGAGGAAAAGGGCAGUCCUGUACGAGAUGCUGAAAGUUAAGCAGGUGGACGGGUUGCCAGGGUUCAGGAAACAAACAGUGACUGCGUGA